AUGAAGUGGAUUCCAAGUAGCGACACCUUCACGUUCACUGUUUGCCUCCGUGAUAAUCUGCGACACGUUCUUGAAGAGUCACACGUUCCUACGAAGCGAGAAGUCUUACGCACCGUAAUGAGCUUCUUCGACCCGAUGGGACUCAUAUCGUUUUUCGUGAUCCACGGGCGCAUCUUGAUGCAGGACAUCUGGGCAACAGGAAUCGGCUGGGAUGAUCCUAUCGAUGGAAAGAGUUGGUUGCAGUGGAAGAAGUGGAUCGAGCUGAUUUCGGAAUUGAGCACUCUUCGAAUCCCACGUUGCUACUUCGAAGGCGCCACAGAAGAGAGUUAUUGCAAGUUGCAGAUCCAUGUAUUCGUCGAUGCGAGCCAAUCAGCCUAUGCAUGUGCAGUUUAUUUCCGAGUUGAAACACCAGAAGGUCCGGCAGUUAGCCUUGUAAUGGCAAAAUCCAAAGUAGCACCGUUGAAGAUGUUGACGAUUCCUCGACUCGAAUUGCAAGCUGCCGUCCUUGGAACUCGCCUGCUCAAUAGUGUGAUCAUCAUGCACGCACUCAAGGCGACGAAGCGCGUAUUAUGGACUGACUCCAAUACAGUUCUCGCCUGGAUACGAUCGGAUCAGCGGCGGUAUCACCAAUACGUGGGAUUUAGGAUCGGUGAAAUUCUAUCGAUGACGGAUGGCGACGAAUGGAGGAAGGUGCCAACGAAGGAGAAUGUAGCUGACGACGCAACAAAGUGGGGAAAUGGACCGGCUGUUCGCUCCGAAAAUCGGUGGUUUCAAGGACCGGAAUUUCUUCGACAAUCCGAGGACAAUUGGCCAGGCGGUAGUGAACUGAUCGAACCCACGCAGGAGGAACUAGUGGCGUUGAACGUUCAUGAUGAAGCAGUGGAAGCAGCGGUAGUAGACGUAAAUAGAUUCAGUAAGUGGGAAAAGCUGCACCGUUCAAUGGCUUACGUGCAUCGAUUCAUUCAGAACAUCCAACGAUCUCGACAAAGCGAGGCGCGAUUGAUAGGAUUAUUGACGCAAGAGGAGUUGUGCAGCACCGAGAAAUCGCUGUGGAUUCAGGCACAAACGGAGUGUUUUACGUUGGAAUCCGAAAUGCUGCACAAGUCAAAGGGAAAACCCGAAGCAGUUCAUGCCACAUUACCAAAAUCAAGCACGUUACGCAAAUUGUGGCCGUUCAUGGAUGAAACAGGCGUAAUACGAACAAGGAGCCGUCUUGGGUAUGCUGACUGGAUCCCUUCUAACAUCAAGUAUCCGGUAGUUCUACUUCGGCAACAUCCAAUCACGUUACUUCUGGUUGACUAUUUCCACCGUCGUUAUCGCCAUUGCAACCGUGAGACGAUCGUCAACGAGAUGCGGCAACUCUACGAGAUCCCGAAACUACGGUCAGUCGUGUUCAAGGUAUCGCAAGAUUGUCUACCAUGUAAGAUACGUCGGGCGACUCCUCGCCCGCCCCCUAUGGCGCCGCUGCCCAAAGUGCGAGUUACUCCUUAUAUAAGGCCGUUUACCUUUGUUGGAGUUGACUUCUUCGGUCCGGUGCUGGUGAAAGUUGGACGAAGCGUUGUUAAGCGGUGGGUGUCUCUAUUCACCUGUUUGACAAUACGAGCUGUGCAUCUCGAGGUUGUUCACAGCCUGUCGAAGGAGUCCUGUGUAAUGGCGGUUAGAAGGUUCGUGUCACGACGAGGAGCACCGUCAGAGAUCUUCAGUGAUAAUGGCACGAACUUCGUCGGUGCGAGCAAUCAGCUGAAGCAGGAAAUGGAUGAUUUGAAUCAACAUUUGGCGUCAACGUUCACCAACAUCACAACUCGGUGGUCGUUCAACCCACCAGGAGCUCCUCACAUGGGAGGAGUGUGGGAGCGUAUGGUCCGCUAA